AUGGAUGUGGCUCGUGGGUUGUCGGCUAAGAAUCUAAAUGGGAUCAAGCAUUUGCAGAAUGGAGGGAUUGGCUUGAAUUCAGAUGCCAUUUUGGUGCUUAAGCUUCCUGAUUCGCGAGUAAUGCGUGUUGUGUCUCGCUCCUUCUUUUUGGCCAUGCUUGUUCUUACACUGCCAUUUGUGGUGUCCAUUUUAAGGGAACUUGAUUCAAGUUCUUAUUAUGAUGACCCCGGUUCUGCUUCAUUUGAUCUUGAAUCCUUCGAUCUGUUGUUGCAAGAUCUGGCCAAGGAGGGACUUAUCAAGAAGGGCGAUAAAGCUCUCAUUGUUUGCUCCGGCGUCGGGGCUGUAGUUGAUACUUCAAGAUUCUUGAAUGACAAUGAUAUUGACUUCGUGUCGGAAUCUGAUUUGGAGCAAGAAAGAUUGUUCCCGAAUGCAACAUUUGAUUUUGCAUUGACAUUGCGCAUUGGAGAUGCUAGAUUUGUUGAUCGUGUUGUGAAAGUUGGAGGCAUUUUGGUUACUCAAUUGAGCAGUGACCCCUCAAAUGCUUUCCAAAAGCUGUCAAAUUAUAGAGCUGUGUAUCUUCGGCGAUAUGAUUCAACCAUAGUGGCAAUGAGGAAAACAAGUUUGGUGAAUCAGGUAGUAGUUUCCUCAGCAAAGAGGCGGCCUCUGCAGCUGGCAUUGGAUGCUAAGAAAACAGCAUUGCAAGGCUUGGAAGAUGUUCUGCUUGAGCCUCCGCGGAAGGCUCUGGCCAAAUCUAGAGUGUACUUGAAGAGAUUCAAAUAUCUUCCCAACUUGUUGGGAGACUCUUUAGAAGAUUACUCACGUCGAGUUUUCAUCCAUGCGGGUUUGCAUGAGGAGAAGAAAGGUGCAAUGCAAUGGUUUAAUGAAAACUAUCCAACUAGGAAUCAAGACUUUGAGUUUCACAGCAUAAACACGUCACCUGAAGGACAUUCUAAGAGGGUGGCAUCACCUGCUGAUGUUUCGAACUGGCUGAUGAAGAACGUGAGGGAAGAUGAGUUUGUUGUGAUGAAAGCAGAAGCAGAAGUAGCUGAGGAGAUGGUGAAGAGGAAGACUAUUGGUUUGGUGGAUGAACUGUUUUUGGAGUGCAACAACCAAUGGAAAAAUGGGGAAAGAAAGAAGAGCAAGAGGGCUUAUUGGGAAUGUGUAGCACUUUAUGGAAGGCUGAGGGACGAGGGAGUUGCUGUGCAUCAAUGGUGGGAUUGA